AUGGCGGACUCACACUUUGACGAUCUCGACACAGCAACAGAUAACGGAGAAAGAGAAGAGUUGAUAAAACACGUACUUGAACUACAGUCUCAACUCAAAAACAUGGUUUCACGAGUAGACUCGGCCAGAAAAGAACAUCAAUCUUUACUAACGGAGAACCAAUUGCUUCAAAAGUACAUUAAUAAUUCACUUACAUCAACUGCCGUAUUUGGAGCUACAAAUGGAGCUAUCAAUGCCAACAAUAUUGCCUUGCGUCAGUCAAGUGCUGACUCUCCUCGAUAA